AUGCCAACCACAUCCUCAACAACCCUCUCCCUUGCCCUCCUCGCAGCUCAAUACCUCAACGCCCUCUGCACAACCUCCCCGCACACCCCCUCAACCCCCUACGCCGCCGACCGAAUCCGCUACCUCGUCACAACGCCCUCCACCCUCGGCACCCACGCCUCAACCCUCGCAUCAAUCUACACAGCCCUCAUAGCCCUCCUCUCAACGUCCUCCCCUCGCGACCGCGCCCUCAUCGACCUCCUCUGUCCCUACCAAGCACACCUCAACCCCACCCGCGUGUCCUGGAACUCACGCACGGUCGGAUUCCUCUCCCUCCUCGCCCUCGGCGCUGGGAUCAGAUUGAGUGCGUACGGCGGCCUUGGCCGGAACUUUACCUUCCAGCUCGCGACACCCGAUCGCCUGGUCACGGACGGAGUGUAUCGGUUCUUGCAGCACCCGAGCUAUACGGGGCUUGUGCUUGUGAGUUUUGCGUAUGCGGGGUUGAUCGUGGGGAGGGUGGAUACGCCAAUUGCGUGCUGGAUUCCGCCGGUGGUGCUAAAGUUGUUAAGGGAGUGGCAGGUUGUUUUGGGGGUGCUGGGGACGGGCGUUGGGUUCGCGGUUCUGGGUGUUCGGAUAAGGGAUGAGGAGAGGAUGAUGCGCGAGCGGUUCGGGAGCAAGUGGGAGGUGUGGCAUCGGAGGACGGCGAGGUUGAUUCCGUUUAUCUUUUAG